AUUCGAUUUUAAAAAAUAUGCAGUGAGAAGACCAAAAUAUCGCACCAGGAGCCACAAUGUGUCAGCUAAUGCGGCGCCCCCUUUGCCGGAGUUUGCCGAAAUGCAUUUGCCAAUUUUUUUGUAAAUACUCUGAAACAAAAUGCAGUGACCCAGGCCUGAUCCAAUCAGAUAUUACUUGGACGCCAUCUAUGGACUACCAUUUGCGUAAGUCCUCUCCUGAGGCGUACAAGAAGUUGCGUAAGAUCGCGAAAACUUUUUCACGAUCGACAGCGGUUGGCAGCUUCAUAGAACUCACUGCACAGGAGCACAAAGCCAAUCAGAUAAUAAUGAAGGCAAAGAAGGCCGAAUACAGCACGGGCAUACUAGAUCCGGAAAAAUUUGCGCCCGGCUAUCACAUCUUCCAGGCUUUACCGAAAAUAAACGAGUCGGCCCUCUUCAAAAUACUCGCCAAAAUGCCAAAAGGCGGCGCCUUGACUACGCAUGAUACCUCGAUGUGCAGCACGGAGUACCUCAUUCAGCUGACAUACCGGGAAAACUUGUGGGUUUGUACCAGAAAAGAGGGCUGUAAGGUCGUCGCCUUCCGUUUCUCCAAGGAGAAGCCCACCAUUAAGGCAUAUAGGGAGUGUAACUGGGAGCCCAUGGAAGCUCUGAGAGAGCGGCGCGGGGAUGAGAAUGUGCGUAAAUACUUGAACCGCCGGUUCAGCAUGUACCCCCUGGGAAGCUUUAGUUCCAAUAAUGAGGCCUGGCGGCAUUUUAUGCACAUUUUUGACCUUGUCGAUGGCCUGGUGCAGUAUGCCCCUAUAUGGGGCGAAUACUUCUAUAAUGCGAUGAAGGAGUUUCUAGCCGAUAAUGUGCAGUACAUGGAAGUGCGAACGCUAUUGCCGCAACUUUACUGCCUAGACGGGACGCUGCUCCCCGUUAGUGAGACAGUGCAGAUCUAUAAAGACCAAAUAAAUAAGUUUGUGAAGGAUCAUCCGAAUUUUAUAGGAGCGAAACUCAUUUACGCUCCCUUACGCAAUGUCGAUCGCGCCGGCGUUGCGAAGUAUGUUAAGACCUGUUCUGAAUUAAAUGAACAAUUUCCCGAUGUAUUGGUUGGCUUUGAUUUAGUUGGCCAAGAGGAUGUGGGACUACCUUUGGUAGACUUUGUUGAGGAACUUGUAAAGAUGCCCACUAGAGUAAAGUUCUAUUUCCACGCCGGUCAAACCAAUUGGUCUGGCUCUGAGGUGGACGCUAACCUCGUUGAUGCGGUGCUGUUAGGAACAAAGCGCAUUGGUCAUGGAUAUGCAGUCACAAAGCAUCCACUCAUUAUGGCACUGGCAAAAUAUCUGGAUAUUUGCAUUGAGGUGUGUCCCAUUUCGAAUCAAGUCUUGCAGCUGGGCCAGGACAUUCGGUCCCACCCAGCCUCUUUGCUGUAUGCUCGCAACGUGCCCAUUAUCAUAUCUUCGGGCAGUCCGUCCUAUUGGCAUGCAGCACCGCUGUCGCAUGACAUGUAUAUGGCAUUUCUAGGUAUCGCCCCGAUUAAUGCAGACCUGAAGUUCUUAAAAAGAGUGGCGAAGAACUCGAUUGCAUAUAGCACACUAUCGGACGAGGAAAAGUCAAUCGCUUUUCUUAAAUGGAAGGAGAUGUGGAACAAAUGGAUAGAUGAUAUCGUGAAAAACGAGGGCUCAGAGCACAAGGAGAGUGUUAAAUAGAGGUGGAAAAUCGUGUUUGCUACCAAUCUGUAGGCUGUAUCUUAAACGGGACAAUGGUCGAAAGUCUUCCGUAAAUUCAACUAAGCCACAUCAAUUAUUUUUUCUGCUAACAACUGUAUUGAAUAAAACAAGUCAUGCAGCGAUUUUCUUCGCUAUUUUUUAAA